AUGGCGCCCAUCACACCUCUCAAUGCGGCGGACAUAACUGAAAAAGCGCGCCGGGAGCUGCUUCUUCUGCUCGAGGGUAUAAGAGGCAAGAAGAAUCUCGUGCUUGAGAAAGCUCUUGCAGGCCCACUGAACUUGCUUGUCAAGUUCUCCACGUUGCAGGAAUACGGCGUCGACAAGCCCUUCUUCCUCGAGAACGACAAUGUCGACUCGUCUCAGCGCAACAUCGUCUUCCUCGUCAGAGGCGAGAAAGCGAAAACUGUGAUGGCUGUUGCUGACCAAAUCAAACGUAUACGGCGAGACAGCCAAAUUGAGCAUGAAUUUUCCAUCUUCUGGGUGCCUCGUCGUACUAUGACUUCCGAUCAACUGCUCGAAGAAGCGGGUGUUCUGGGUGAAGCUAGUGUGAGCGAAUGGCCGUUGUUCUUCGUGCCACUUGCAGAUGAUGUGCUGUCGCUUGAACUUGAAGAUGCUGUGUCAGAUCUCUAUCUUAAGAAAGAUCCGACCGCAAUCUACUUGUCAGCCAAAGCACUCAUGCUUCAGCAGCAGAAGUAUGGUCUGUUUCCACGCAUCAUCGGAAAGGGUGACAAUGGCAAGCGCCUCGCUGACCUCCUCAUCCGCAUGCGUACCGAAGUCAUGGCAGGCGAGACAUCUGCUAGCGGAGGACCAUCGUUCAUGGGCUUAGCACCUAGUUCUAACAUAGGCAGCCUCAUCAUCGUCGAUCGAGAAGUCGACUUUCCCACGGUACUACUCACUCAGUUGACCUACGAAGGGCUCAUCGACGAGGUCUUCAAUAUUACCGCAAACCAAACAGAAGUCGACUCUUCCAUAGCCGGCGGCGCACAGCCUCAACAAGGACAGACUGGAUCGGCGUCGACCAGUAUGAAGCGCAAGAUCAUGAUUGAUUCGAAAGACACUCUGUAUGCCGAAUUGGGUGACGCCAACUUCGCCAUUGUCGGCAACCUGCUCAACCAAGCAGCCCGUCGCCUCCAAAGCAGCACAGGACGCGAUCAGCUUGCUACAAAGACGACUUCCGAGCUCCGUGACUUCGUCGCCAAGUUACCAGGCUACCAGGCUGAACAAGCAAGCUUGAAGUUACACACCAGCUUGGCUGAGGAGAUUAUCAAGUUUACGCGCACUGACAUCUUCACGCGAAGCCUAGAAGUGCAGCAGAACAUUAUGUCUGGCGCCGACCCUACAACCCAGCAUGACACGAUAACCGAGCUCAUCAACCGUGAUGUACCGCUCCCCGCCAUCCUCCGUUUGCUAUGCUUAGAAUCCACCACCAAUGCCGGAAUCCGCCCGAAAGAUCUUGAAACCUUCAAACGCGCCAUUAUCCAGGCUUAUGGCCCGCAACAUAUCCUUACCCUAGCGUCACUCGAGAAAAUGGGCUUGCUAGGAUCCCGAGGCGGCGUAAGUCUGGGCGGCGUAGGCGCACCCGCCAAACCAGGCAGCGUAACAAACUACACGCCCUUGCGAAAGAGCCUAAAGCUCUGGGACGAUGAUGUCAACGAAGCAAGUCCAAACGACAUCAGCUAUACUUUCUCCGGCUACGCACCCCUCAGCGUGCGCAUAAUCCAAUCCAUCAUCCAAAAACACACCCUCGCCAACGCCAUCAAACCGCCCUCCGACCCCCGAGCAAGCGCUCAAGCCAACCCUCUAGCCCAGGGCCUCCGCAUUUUUGACGACGCGAGUAAGUACGUUCGUGGUGCAACAUUCGACGAAACGCAGAAGGGCGAAGAGAAGGCGGUCAAGGCACGACAGCUGUUGAAUGGAAGUGCUGGCGAGAAGAACAAGACUAUUGUUGUGUUCUUCCUGGGCGGUGUGACGAGAGCUGAGAUUGCGGCCUUGAGGUUUGUGGGGGAGAAGUUGAAGGAGAGUGGUGGUGAGGGGAGGGGCUCGAAGAUUGUGGUUUGCGCGACGAACGUAAUCAAGGGUGAGGGGUUGGUGGGGAGUGCGAUCGAGAAGAAGAAGUUUGGGGGUUGA